UCUCACUUGACGUCUAGUCUGGCUGUUGAGGUGCGCACGGAUUGACCACUCCUUUGGCCUUGAUUGGUGGAUAAUAGUGGGGAAAGCUAAACCACAACCAUGACUGACGCACAGCAGGAGGCCCGCUCCUACCUGAGCGAGGAGAUGCUGGCUGAGUUCAAGGCUGCCUUUGACAUGUUCGACACUGACGGUGGCGGUGACAUCAGCACCAAGGAGUUGGGUACUGUCAUGAGGAUGUUGGGUCAGAAUCCAACCAGAGAGGAGUUGGCUGAAAUCAUUGAGGAGGUCGAUGAGGAUGGCAGCGGCACCAUCGACUUUGAAGAGUUCUUGGUCAUGAUGGUGAGGCUCCUAAAGGAGGACCAGGCUGGCAAGAGCGAGGAAGAGUUGGCAGAGUGCUUCCGUGUCUUCGACAAGAAUGCUGAUGGCUACAUCGACAGAGAUGAGUUCGCUGAGAUCAUCCGCAGCACCGGUGAGGCAAUCACAGAGGACGAGAUUGAUGAGCUGCUGAAAGACGGAGACAAGAACGCAGACGGCAUGCUUGACUUUGAUGAAUUCCUCAAGAUGAUGGAGAACGUGCAGUAAAACAGAGACUCAUGGACAUUCCUCUCCCCUUUGACCCCCUGUUGACUCAAGCCCAUCCUCAUAAACCCACUUAUGCACCCUCCUUUCUGUUUUAUCCACCAUCUGGUCCGUUGCCUCUCCCUCUCCAUCUUGACAAAGCUAUGCCGCUUCAGCAGACACAACAGACAGACACCCGGGUGGGGUCUGCCAAGGAUCAGCCCGCAAAUGUUCCUGAUCCUGGGGUACAGUUGACUUGCAUGUUCCUGCAAGAGCCAUGCUGUGGUGUGUGUGGUUCCCAGAACCAACACACAAUGGUGCCCACUAUAUCGAAUACACAUACCAUGGUAGACCCCCCACAUUGCUGGGCGUUUUAGUCUAGAUUUAGACUAGAUCAGCAGCUUGUUACCGCUGCUUAGACCAAUGCUAAAACCACUCUCACUUCACUGUAUUUAAGAACAAAUGCUUGAAAGUACAGAAUAAAAAAUAAAAUACAUGCUCGUGUUUAGUUGGUCUGUUUAGUCGAAUCUGUAAGGUUUUGUUCUGAGGAAUUUAUCAAUAAAGCCAUUUUUUUCUUUUUUCUUC